UCCUCUGGCUGUUUUCAUAAACAAACCACACUCUGCCUCCCGCCGUGGCCGCCGCCGCACUGUCAGCCUGCCAGCGUUGUCGGACUCCUGCUCCCGUGUGGACGACGAGGCCGUGGAGGAGCUUUGAGAGACGGUUCUUUAAAAAAGAGAAAGAGAGAGAGAGAGAGACGCGGGUAAGCGUCCAGAGACUUGACGGUGUUGCCUUCUUUGUCCGAGCGGUCAACGCGUGGUUAGAGACCCCCCCCCCCCCCCCGGCUGUGGACCACAUCACCCCGCUGACACCGGAUGGUUUUCAGCUGUCAGUGACAUUGUCCCGCUGCAUAGACUGUGACAAGCUUCGGUGGAGUCAGACAUGGUGAAGUUGACAAAGGCCAAGACAUUCCAGGCUUACCUGGACUCCUGCCACCGGCGUUACAGUUGUGUGCACUGCCGCGCCCAUCUGGCCAAUCAUGAUGAUCUUAUCUCUAAGUCUUUCCAAGGCAGUCAGGGCCGAGCCUACCUCUUCAACUCUGUGGUGAAUGUCGGCUGCGGUCCUGCGGAGGAGAGGCUGCUGCUCACAGGACUUCACGCAGUGGCCGACAUCUACUGUGAAAACUGUCACACCACGCUGGGCUGGAAAUAUGAGCAGGCCUUUGAACUGAGUCAGAAAUACAAGGAGGGGAAGUACAUCAUCGAACUGUCCCACAUGAUAAAGGACAAUGGCUGGGACUGACAGAGAAGCUCUUCCUCUUUCUCCAAGACUUUGAAAAGUUGCAUCCCCUCAAAUUUAAAGGGUUCCAGUGUAGCUUCCUUAUCCCGCAUUCGAGCCAUCGCUCCGAACGGCUUUGCCAACAGUAGCAUGUGAUGCCUUAUCUUUUUUUCUGUUCUUUGUGUUCUUCCAGCGACCACAACAACACAUUUGCUGAUAUUGCUAUCCUAAUUGCUAGUUGUGCUGCGACAUGGACCGAAUGAGUGCAGGGUUGGUGUGUGAAAGCCUGGCAGAUGUAGUCACACAGGCACGUGUGCGUGUUGGAUUUUUAAAUUGUGUUCGAGUGAUGAAACAAAACCCUUAUCAUUGACCACAAAACGGUGUCGCUCUGGGGAGGGGAUGCCAGUGCAAGUCAAAUAAUCUAACCUUACACAGUUAUCUCUUUUUGAGAUCAAACUAUCUGGCCUAAACUGUGUAUUAAGGCCUGUUUAACCCUGUGGAUCAUUUGCAAGUGAUACAAAGGUAUGGGAAUACCUAAAGCAGUGGGAAGGCUUGUUUUUUUUAUCAGUGAAAUUCAUGUUUUUUUUACAUUAAGAUAAGUAACAAUUAUCAUAUUGUGCCCAAGGCAAUCAGGGUGUUAACGUAGUAAUGUUUAAGCCCAAAAACGCCUCCUGAAAUAAUUCUUAAAUCUGGAGUAUGAGUGUCUUUUGAUUGUAUGUAUGAGUUUUAACGUGUGAAUGCGUUUGAUUGUGUGUGUAUGCAAUGUGUGCUGAGAUGCCUUAAGCUGAACGGUGUUGAGAGGCAUUAGUCUGGGGUUCAAAUGUAGACUGACCACUGCACAGUUGGGAUAUCUUCACUUUUACUUCAUGCUGAUGAGAUAUAUCCUUUGUGUUUGUGUAUAGCCAAACACUGAGCUGCCCCUUGUUGAUACGUCUACUCAAUCAUCUUAGAGCAAAGUGUGAUUUAGGGGUUAUGUAGCAUAUUUAUGGCGAUUUUUUUUUUUUUUUAUGUCUGCUUUUUUCAUGCUUUCAUUAAAGUGUAUUAUUUUAACCUUUCAUUAAAAUACAGUGUCUGUAA